AUGCAUAUGCUGUAUACUAACUCUGGGUGCCAGAACCUGCCAGGGACCAGACAGGAAGAGGAGGAUGCUGAUGACUAUGAGAACAUGGCGCCUCCCUACAAGGACCUUCCUCCCAAGCCAGGUUCAUUGGCUCCCCGAAGGCCUCCAAGGGCAGGAAGAAAACCAGAGCCCCCUGUACUUCCCCGCAAGCCCCUGGAGAUCACAGGCCUGGAUCUGACCCCCAUCACCCGCACAUCUCAACUGGGCAUCUCUCCGGAGCAUCCUCCAUUCCAGCCAUCCCAAGCCACAACUCCAGUGCCCUGGCUCAGUCAGAAAUCUGGGGAUCCUGGGUGCUACCAGGAGGAGAGAUGGGUGGUUUUCCUGUGUCUGCUGGUGGUGGUGUCACUGUUCCUGGCCUGCACUGGUCUGGCUGUAACCCUGAUUAAGUACCAGGAGGUGGUGGAAGAACUGAAGAUGUUAAGCUUUCAGCAGAGGGCAUGGCAGGAGAAUGUGACUGGCAUGGCGGGGCUCGCUGGCCUGAAGAAGGACAUUGACAAAGUAAGAGCUGAUACCAACCAGUCCCUAGUGGAACUUCGGGGCUUAUUAGACGGUGCCAGGGUCACCUGCCCUGAGGGUUGGCUCGCUUUUGAGGGCAAGUGCUACUACUUCUCCCCAAACACCAAGUCGUGGGAUGAAGCCCGGAAGUUCUGCCAAGAGAAUUACUCUCACUUGGUCAUCAUCAAUAGCUUCGCUGAGCAGAACUUCGUGGCCAAGGCUCACCGCUCCCCACGGGUGUACUGGCUGGGGCUGAGUGACAAGGAGCAUGAAGGAGAAUGGAAGUGGCUGGAUGGGUCGCCUGUCACUUUGAGCUUCUGGGAACCAGCGGAACCUAACAAUGUUUAUGACGAGGAUUGUGGCAGCAUGAACACAGGUGGCACUUGGAAUGACCUCUCUUGCAACAAAGCUACAUACUGGAUUUGUGAGGGGAAAUGUUCCUGUUGA